ACUUUGGUCUGCACCGGAAGUGCAUGGUCUGCCGAUGUGGUUCCUACUGACUGUGGUUUCAGUAGCUUGCCCUCGUUUCCCCUGCUGGUUAUUUGCGUCGUAUAAUGGCGCCCAAGGGCAAAGUGGGCACAAGAGGGAAGAAGCAGAUAUUUGAAGAGAACAAAGAGACCCUGAAGUUCUACCUGCGAAUCAUUCUGGGGGCCAAUGCCAUUUACUGCCUUGUGACCUUGGUUUUCUUCUACUCAUCUGCCUCAUUUUGGGCCUGGGUUGCCCUGGCCUUUAGUUUGGCAGUAUAUGGGGCUAGCUACCACUCUAUGUGCUCGAUGGCUCGUGCAGCCUUCUCUGAGGAUGGAUCCUUGAUGGAUGGUGGCAUGGACCUCAACAUGGAGCAGGGAAUGGCAGAGCACCUCAAGGAUGUGAUCCUACUGACAGCCAUUGUGCAGGUGCUCAGCUGCUUCUCGCUCUACAUCUGGACCUUCUGGCUUCUGGCUCCAGGCCGGGCCCUUUACCUCCUAUGGGUGAAUGUGCUGGGCCCUUGGUUCACAGCAGACAGUGGCACCCCAGCACCAGAGCACAAUGAAAAACGGCAGCGCCGACAGGAGCGGCGGCAGAUGAAGCGGUUGUAGUCAUUAAUAUUGUGGCCAUAGGUUGCUGGGUGACUAUCAGGCUGCAUGUCCUCUGUGCCUGGAGCAGUGAGUGCCUAGUCCAGGGCCAAAAGUAGCCCAAGGUAGAGGAUUGUUGAAUAAAUGUUUUAGAAUGUGG